GAGUUUCCUCCGUUCCGAGUGUUCUUGAACGCAUCAAGUCUCUACAGGAAGUGACGUUCCUCGUUGUGUCGGGUCUUCCUUUCUGUCGUGUGGGAGCAGCUUCCAGAGCCAUCAAAGAUGACUACAGCUGCAAGACCAACGUUUGAGCCGGCGAGGGGAGGGAGGGGUAAAGGAGAGGGUGAUCUGAGUGCGCUGUCGAAGCAGUAUUCCAGUCGAGAUCUUCCAGGUCACACCAAGAUCAAGUACAGGCAACCUACCCAGGAUGCCCCCGAGGAGGUGCGUGCCCGUGACUUCCGCCGGGAGCUGGAGGAGAGGGAGCGUGUAGCUGUACGUGAAAAGACCAGAGAGAGGGGACCGAGAGAACACACCACAUCAUCUUCAUCAUCAUCCUCAAAGAGGCCCAGAUUGGAUCAGAUCCCAGCAGCCAAUCUUGAUGCUGAUGAUCCUCUCACAGAUGAUGAUGAGGACGAGGAUUCUGAGGAGGACAGCGACGAUGACGACACUGCAGCUCUUCUGGCAGAACUGGAGAAGAUCAAGAAGGAGCGGGCUGAAGAGCAAGAACGCAAAGAGCGGGAGCAAAAGGCAGAGGAGGAGAGGAUUCGUAUGGAGAAUAUUUUGAGUGGCAAUCCGUUGAUUAACUUGGCAGGACAGCAGCAGCAGCAACAGAUGACUCAGACUCAGAAUACAUUCAGGGUCAAGAGAAGGUGGGAUGAUGAUGUCGUGUUCAAGAACUGUGCCAAAGGAGUGGACGAAGCACGGAAGGAGAAACGCUUUGUCAAUGAUACGCUGCGCUCUGAGUUUCACAAGAAAUUUAUGGAAAAAUAUGUCAAGUAAAGGACUUUAAUUUUAUGAUGUUUUUUUUUUUUUAAUCUCAUUUGUCUGCUCUCCUCUCUCCUUUCUGCCCUCUGUCCCAAGAAUGGUAAAUUGUCAUUCAAACACAUUCUGUAUUCAAAUACAUUAGUAUUUGUACAGUCAACACGUAAAAUGUACAUAAAUGAGUUGGUGAGUUACAUCCUUUGAAUAAAGCUUGUAGAAAGUUGA